UCUUUCUAAUUAUUUAAUAUUUAAGAUUCUCGCUGAAAUUUUUAUAUCAGUGUAUCAUCUCUUUGUUAAAUUUGUACAAAAAUUAUUGAGUCGAUAUUGUUAUUAAAACAACUGAUUUAAUUUAAAAUCUGUUCAGAAUGAACUGUGACCUUUGAUUCUAGCUAUAAAAACACUAACGAUUGCAUAAAUAUAUUCAGAGAUAGAAGAAAGUCGAAGAAAUUAGUUAAUUUAUAUUUUUCAUUACUAAAUAACAAUGCCAAAUAAUUAUGGACCACUUGUUGGAGCUAUUGAUCAAGGCACAGGUAGCACAAGAUUUUUUGUUUUUGCAUCUAAAUCUGCACAGAUCAUCACUUAUCAUCAGGUUGAACUCAGACAGCUUUUACCAGAAGAGGGUUGGGUGGAACAAGAUCCGUUAGAAAUAUUGUCAUCUGUAAAUAUAUGUAUAGAAAAAGCAUUCGAUAAUUUAAAAAAUUUAAAUGUUUCCCCUACUGACGUUAAAGCGAUUGGUGUCACAAAUCAACGAGAAACUACUAUAGUUUGGGACAAAAGGACCGGCUUGCCACUUUACAAUGCUAUAGUGUGGCUGGAUAUUCGAAAUUCGGGUACUGUUACGGAUCUUAUUAAUAAAACACCGGGUAACAAUAAAGAAUAUUUGAAGGGAAGGUGUGGUUUACCACUUUCGACUUAUUUCAGUGCUGUGAAACUUCGCUGGUUAUUAGAUAACAAUGAUGUUGUAAAUCAGACAAUUAGAGAUGGAAAUUGUUUAUUUGGUACUGUUGACUCUUGGUUAAUAUGGAAUUUGACUGGUGGUGUUAAAGGAGGUAUUCAUAUCACUGAUAUCACAAAUGCUAGUCGCACAAUGCUAAUGAAUAUUGAAAAUUUGAAAUGGGAUCCAUUUUUGUGUAAAUUUUUUAACAUUCCAUUAGAAAUUCUUCCAAAAAUUUGUAGUUCGUCCGAAGUAUACGGUAUGAUAGCUAGUGGUCCUGCUGAAGGAAUACCAAUUUCUGGUUGCUUGGGGGAUCAGAGUGCUGCAUUGUUGGGUCAGAUGUGUUUUGAUGUCGGCCAAGCAAAAUGUACUUAUGGUACUGGAUGUUUCUUAUUACGUAAUACUGGAAGACAACCUGUCUUUUCUGACCAUGGCAUGUUAACAACAAUUGCAUUUAAACUUGGUGAAGAGGCUCAAACUUAUUAUGCUCUAGAAGGAUCAAUAGCUAUUGGAGGAGCUGGAGUUAGAUGGCUUCGUGAUAACUUUAAUAUUAUUGAAAGGUCUGAAGAAAUAGAAAAUUUAGCCAAUAGUGUUGAAAGCUCUCAUGGUGUAUAUAUAGUUCCUGCUUUUUCGGGAUUAUAUGCACCUUACUGGCAGCCAGAUGCAAGAGGAAUUAUUUGUGGCCUUACACAAUUUAGCACAAAAGCUCAUCUUGCAAGGGCAAUGCUUGAAGCUGUAUGUUUUCAGACAAAAGAUAUUUUAGAAGCUAUGAAUAAAGAUAGUGGAAUUACAUUAACAGAAUUACAAGUUGAUGGUGGAAUGACGGUCAAUGAUUUACUAAUGCAACUUCAAGCAGACAUACUUGGAAUUCCUGUUGUGCGGCCGUCGAUGCCUGAAACUUCGGCAUUAGGUGUAGCAAUGGCUGCCGGUAUGGCAAAAGGUGUGGAAGUAUGGUCUUUAAGAAAGGAAGAACUUGUUAAUAUUACUACAGAUACCUUUCUUCCUACCAUCACCAAUAUAGAGAGAGAGAGGAAAUACUUCAAAUGGAAAAAAGCUAUUGAACGUAGUCUUCAUUGGGAAGACAACUCAAUGGAAUUUGUUGGAACUGAAGAUCAUAUGAUAAAAAUUUUACCUGGUGGAAUUUUUAUAUUUUCAUCUGUUAUAUUUUUAAUUUUAGCAAAAGCAUUUGAAAAAUAGAUUUAUACAGACAAUAUUACAUUAUCACAACCUGAAAUUGCUCAGAAUAGGUUAAGUUCUUAUAUCAGUUUUAUUUAAGAUGUCAAGAGGUAGCAAUAAAACUAUUGUGAUAAGUAUUUUAGGUAAUUCCAUAAUUUACAUAUACAUAAUAAUACUAAUUUAGAAAUUUAUUAGAAUUUAGAUUAAGUUUUUGUUGUUAAUAAAUAGUUCUAUGGAAAUUGUGAUAUUCUGAAAAUCUAUUUUAUUGUUGAAAUAUUGUUUAUCUGUACAAAUUUAUAAGGAUAAAUUAAAAAAUUAAUUGUGUAAAGAUGAUUAUUAUUUCAUAAUUUUAGUUGUCAUCAAUUCAAAUAGAUCUGUCUUUAAACUAAUGCCCAUCUUUCAACUUAAACCAAAAAUUUAAAGUGUACUCAAAUGAUAAACAGUUUACAGCAUACAUGUAAAAGUUUUAAAGUUGGAUCAAAUCUUCAGUUAAUCUGAACUUUAAGGAAACUUUGAACUGGAAAAACUUGUUUUCAGAGUAACAUUUAAAGGGUAAUAUAAUCCUUUAAAGUGAAUUUGUGUCAUAAUAGUAAUAUAUAAUAAAGUAUGAAUAGGUUUCCAAGGUUUGGAUUCAAUAGAAGUAAAAAAAAAUUUUAGUGCUAAAAGGAGAUGAUAUAAAUAAUUAAUACAAAAAAGAAUUUUUUACUUAGAAAAUAUUUUUGUGCAUUAGAGUGUAUUUUUUUAAGUCGUUCAGGCAACCAAGAAAAUUGUAGGCAAAUAAGCUUUUAAAGUCUUAUUUUAAGGGAACAAAGUAAAUAGUGUAAAUUUUUAUUAAUGCUGGCAUAAUGAGUUGUUCUGUAUAUUCAAAUGUUAUUUUGAACUUAUAUCUACAUGCUCCUAAAAAUGGAAAGUGAGCAUUCAACAUCAGUAGGAAGUCAUCAGAGCAAAUUUAAACUAGUUUCUGAGUAUAACUGAUUUCAGAAGGGAAACUUUAGGAGUCAAAGCUUUAUUAAAUAAAAUGUUUUUGGGACCUCUCCAUUCCAUCAGAAUGACAUUCAAAAAACAAAUACAAAUGUCUGGUAUUUUCCAUUGAACGUUUUAGGAAGUUGAAUCUUGGACAAUUUUUAAAAAAAUACAAGGAUUGAUCAAAUGAAACCCAUUUCAGUAAAUUUAUUAAGACAAACCAAACAGUAUAUCUGUUGGUAUGGCAUAAUUAAACAAAGCAAUUUAUGAGGAAGCUUGAAUGCACUUUUAUUCAUUAAAAAAGUUACUGUAGGCAUUCAGACAGGCACUCUCCACUGCUUGGGGAGAUGAUAGAUACUGUCUGCAAAGAACAAUUAGUUGGUUCUUGAACCAUUGGAUGACUGCUUCCUUGACUUAUGCAUCACAGAGUUUAAAGCAUUGUCCCUUAAGAGCUUUUUUUAAAGGUCUGGACAAAUAAAGGUCACAUGAUGACAGAUUGGGGCCUAUAGAAACAGUGAUACAGAAUCUCCCAACCUUUUUGUGCUAAAACAUCCUGAACAGUGUUCACAUGUGGUCAAGCAUUGUUGUGCAACAAAAUCACACCAUGUGAUAGCAUGCCUAGUUGCUUUAUUCUUUAUUGCUUUAUUUUGCUUGCCCAAUGUUGCAUUAUAGCAGCUGGCAUUGAUGCUCACAUGAGAGUCUUUAACAUCUACCAGCAAAGGCCCCACAAUGUCAAAAAAUGCAGUCAUCAUAACCUUGCAGCUGGAAAGCCUGACUUGAAAUUUUUGUGUUGGUGAUCCAGGGUGUUUCCAUUGCAUGCCUGCUUCUCUACUGGUUGGCUCAAAGUGGUGGCACCACGUUUUGACCUUGGAUGGAUUCUGAAUAAUUCUGGUCACGUUUUCACUACUACAUACCAAAAAGAAAAUGUCCAAGACAACUGAUCUUCUCCCUGCUUGUUCAUUGAUGUAUGCUUAUCAUGCCACAUGUGACUUCAUUCCCCUUCCCUUUCACUGAACCAUGUGACAGCAUGAACUGGUUUCAUUUGAUGAAUCCUAAUAGAACAAUUUUGAAUCAAAACAGCUAAGUGUAAAGUUGAUGAUUAACAUGCAAACAUUGAGUUUUUAAACCAAAGGAUAUAUAGUGAUAACAGCAAUGAAAGAAAAACACAAAAUAACUAUAAAAUAAAAUGAGGAAAAGUUCAACCAGCACAGAAAGUGUAAUUAUGUGCUGUUCUCCAUUGCGUAGCCUACAUAUAUCUUUAACUGUCUCAUAAUUAAGAUUUAUCUGCAAAUUCUAAUCAGUUUUUUAUUAGACUUUUGCAGACUCCAUACCUGAAACCAAUCAAAUUGGAAACAGACAACACUAUGGAGCAUUAAUAUUCAAUUAAAACAAAUCUAAUAGUUUCUAGCUUCUUAACACUGCUAACUAAAAAUGAGAUAGAUGUUUUAUUUAUACCAAUUUACUUCAGGAACUGCAAAUGCUUCUUUUGUAUUUGCAAUAUGCAAUGUCGUCUCCUCACUCAGUACAUCAAUAAUUUACAAUUAUAAUGCAAAACUUGAUAAUUUUUUUACACACUCCUAAUUUCAAAAGAAUAACUGAAGUCUUGCCUCCUCCAUUUUAUUAAAAUUAUCAGAAUAAAACACUGAAGCUUCUAACCAUGUAAAGGUGGGGAUCUCAUAAAGAUAACUUGUAGUGGAAGAGGAACUUCAGGAAAUCUCUUUACACUAUUGUAUAAGUAGAGGAACCUUAAAGAAUAGCUUGGUUUGGGAAAUGAUUGCAAUGACUGCAAAGAAUGAGGUUCU